CAACAAUCUAACAGAUAAUGUCAAGGAUUUUCAUCGACUAGAGUAUAAAAAUUAAAGUGGAAAAACUACUGCGAUAGUAUUUUAGAUUAUUGUAAUGAUAUUGUCAACUAUUGCGAGCAUAUUGUAGACUAUUGUGAGAGUAUUGCAGGCUAUUGUGAGAGUAUUGUAGACAAUUGUGGAACAUUGCGAAUUGUUGUAGACUACUGCAAAAUAUUGUGCACUAUUGCAAGGAACUAUAAAUCAGAAUAAGCUGAAAUUUUGGAGGAUUUGUAGUCCUCUACCAGGAUAAGAAUUGCUGAAAAUUUCAGCUUUCUAUCUAUGAAAAUUCAAGAGCCUGGGAUAGAAACUUAUUGAUACAUAUCGAUAUAACAAAUUCGUAUCGAAAUACACCUUCAUCUGGAGGUAUCGAUGUAUAUAUCGAUAAGCCCUCCUCUACUCUAAAGGGUGAGGUUAUAAAAUCACAGAUUUUCCUUUCUCUUGACAACUGUUUAGAUUUUCCUCAAUUUUCCGGCAAAUUCGACACAAACAAACCAAAAACCCAAACAAAAUCAACUAAUAAGAUGGAAAACCAAUUGCUCCAAGUAACCCAAGCCAUAGAAAAACAAGUGGACGCCACCAUAGAACAAAUCGACAAUUUGGACGUAAACGAUUUGGAACAACUGCGAAAAUCCAGGAAGAAGGAACUGCAAAAGCUGGAAGAGAAAAAACGAGAGUGGCUGCAAAACGACCAUGGAAAAUACGAAGAACAACCUGAAGAAAAAUGCUUCUUUGAUAUAAUUAAAAAGUCUGAUAAUUUGAUCAUACAUUUUUAUACAAAUUCAUCAGAAAGAUGCCAAAUUGUUGAUAAGCAUUUGAAAAUAUUGGCUCCCAAACAUUUAGAAGCUCGUUUUACUAAAAUGAAUGCCGAAAAAUGCCCCUUUUUAGCUGAAAGGCUCAAAGUCAAAGUAAUCCCUACCAUUGUACUAAUACAAAAGACUAUAUUGGUUGAUAAAAUUAUUGGAUUUACUGAUUUGGGCAACAGGGAUGAUUUUUCUACCGAGACAUUAGAAUGGCGUAUAGCUCAAAAUGGUCUAAUAAAUUACGAAGGAGAUUUAAGCACUCCUCCAGAUGAAGUUGUUAAAAAACCAUCAAAAGGGUAUGGUAAAAAAAUCAGAGACAGUGCUUAUAACAGAGACGAUGAUGACUUGGAUAUUGAAGAGUACGGACUGAAAAGUGAUAAUUUGAAGUCUGAAAUGCCUACUCAAUCAACUGAAUUGACUCCAGAAGAAUUGGCUGAAUUAGAUCUAAUUGAUUAAUCAAACCUUUACUAAUAAUAAAUCAUAAGCACCUUUUUUUUUAUUAUAACAAAUAAAAUUUUAUUUACACAAAAAAUACAAUAAUCUUAAGCUUCUAAAGCCACAGGUUCUUUGGGGAUUUGUUUGGUUUUUUCUAAAAAAAAUAAAUAAAAAUUAGCUCAUAAAUAAUCAAAUAUAAAAUAAUAACCUUUUGUCUUGUGAGGACUCUUUUCUGCUUCUUCAACAUCUACUUCGGUUGAUGGUACAUUUGGCAUUUGUUCUUUUAUAAUUUCAGCUAAUUCGUCUUCAACAGCUUCUUCAUCUUCCUGAGUCAAUCCGCCACUAAGUAAAUCGGAUAUUUCCUACAAAUAUUAUUAAAUAAAACUAAAAAUAAAUUUUAAUAAACAUUAGUACGUCUUGUUUUUCUUUGGCCUCUCUAGUUUCAUCUAAAAUCCUUUCAAUGUCUUCAAUAUUUAUAGCUGCAUUGACUUGUUUCAAAGCAUCAUUGCCUUGCUUAAGGCCCUCUACUACUUGUAGCUCGAUUUGGGCAAAUUCAAUGUCGUGAGAUAAUGUUUCUAGAUUUUCCAGUUGAUUAUCGGUUUUAAGUAAAAGUUGCUCCUGGUAUCGUUUUUUUUUUAGCAAU